AUGAUACUGUUUGAGAUACUUGGUCAUAGCCGGCUACAGUGCCUCAACAGGGCCAAUUUUUGGAUCGGUCUGGGAAACUGUGUCGGUAAUGUCAGCCCGUACGCUGUGGCAGUGUACACCUGUAAUAGACCACUCCAAUGCGCCGCUGCACUAUCAACGCGUCCUGUGAGAGAGCUCUCCGGCGCUAUCAGGUCAAUCGCAACUUCGGCUGUGCGAUGUGAUAACUCGAUGGAGGAGCUCGGUAUGUGCUGCCUACAAGCGCGCCAUAUGAUCGCAGGCCCGCCCAUAAAGCGGCCUCUACGCUACCUAGAUAUGAAGACAUUCCGGAUGUUUCUGAAGCAACAGAAGAUACGGGACAUAGAAAAUGAGAAGAGAGCCAUAGCACAAGCGCAUGCCAAGCCACCUCCAGAAGGAUGGGGCAUCUUGGAGUUCCUUAAUGCAGCAGGUAUCACGGAAGGAGCUGAGCUCAUAGCUGAAUCGUUCCAAUCGUGGAACGAAUUCAUCAGCAGCACUAUGGAGGAGCUCUAUGCGAACAGCAGCAUGACCAACAAACAGCGGCGCACCAUCUUCAAGCAUAUCACGUUAUACAACCACGGCAUGUGGCCGCUUGGCAAAUACGAUGACUAUAUUAGUACCUUUCAGGCCAAACCGCUAGCAAACGAGGGUAUGCCGUGGGAGUCAGAGGACGACGCUGAGCUCCUGCGGCUUGCCGAGUUCUACGACGCCGAAUACGGGGACCCCUGGUUGUACUUGUCGUGGGAGAUGCAGCGCACGCCGGAGGAUGUCCAAGAGCGGUACAUCCAGUUGGUAACUAUUCCCAAGUACCGCAGCGACACCUGCGAAAUCGCAGUUACCAAGGCGCACAAACCGCUGCUCAUGAAUAGAAAGUUCAAGCUGGAUCCGCCGUUUUUGUACAUAAUUCCGUCAAAAGAGAACUUCCCACUCACGCCCGUGUACCGCAAUCUCGAAGACCGCACGCCUGUUGAGCCCAAGGAGACAUUUUCAAAAAAGUUCCAGGUGUACAGGCGGCCCGAGUGUUUUAAGAACUAA